AUGUCUAUCCAAGCCCCUCACAACACCCUCCUGAUCCCAGGACCCAUCGAGUUCGACGAUGCCGUUCUCCAGUCCAUGUCCCACUACGCUGAGAGCCAUGUCGCUCCCGGCUUCGUCAAGGUCUUCGGCGAGACCCUGACUCUCACCCGCAAGCUCUUCCAGUCCACCGACCCUACCGCGCAGCCCUUCAUCAUCUCCGGCAGCGGAACCCUCGGAUGGGAUCUCGUCUCCUCCAACUUGAUCGAGCGUGGCGAGAACGCCCUCGUCCUCAACACCGGCUACUUCGGCGAUUCCUUCGGCCAGUGCCUCGAGACCUACGGAGCCAACGUCACACACCUCACCACCCCCGUCGGUCAGCGCCCCUCGCUGCAGGAGGUCGAGCAGGCUCUCAAGCAGAAGCCCUACAAGCUCAUCACACUCACCCACGUUGACACCUCCACCGGUGUCCUCUCAGACGUCAAGGGCGUCGCCCAGUUGGUCCGCCGCGUCAGCCCCGAGACCCUCGUCAUCGUCGACGGUGUCUGCUCCGUCGGCUCAGAGGAGAUCGCCUUCGACGAGUGGGACCUCGAUGCCGUCGUGACCGCCUCCCAGAAGGCCAUCGGCUGCCCUCCCGGUCUCAGCAUCGUCAUGACCUCCGGCCGCGCCAUCAAGGUCUCUCAGAACCGCAAGACCCCCGCCAGCUCCUACUACGCCUCCAUCGCCAAGUGGCUCCCCAUCAUGGUGAACUACGAGAACAACAAGCCCUCCUACUUCGCCACCCCUCCCACUCAGCUCGUCCACGCCCUGCACACCACCCUCACCCAGAUCACCGCAGAUGUUCCCGGCCGCUUCGCCCAGCACACUCAGGUCUCCGACAAGGUCAAGGCCGCCGUUGCCGACCUCGGUCUCAAGCAGGUCGCUGCCAGCCCUGAUUCUCAGGCCCACGGCAUGACUGCCAUCUACCUCCCCGAGGGUCUGACUCCUCCCGAUGUCCUGCCUGGUCUGCUGAAGCGUGGUGUCAUCUUUGCAGCUGGUCUGCACAAGGACAUCGCCACCAAGUACAUUCGUUUCGGUCACAUGGGUGUCAGUGUCACCGACCCCAAGCGCAAUGAUAUCGACCAUGCCAUCGCGUCCCUCAAGGAGGCUCUCGCUGAGGCUAAGCAGGCCAAGGGCCUGUAA